CUCGAAAACAGGACCAACCCGAGCCAACCACGAGUUCAACAAAGAGAGGGGGACGGACCGAGCUGCUGGGAACCAAUAUCCUCUAGUCUAAGGUUCCUGUCGGCUGAAUAAAUUAACGGAACAAACCGGUGGGAGUACGCGCACCGUCUACGCAACUAGCUUGAACCUGUUGAUGUGGUGAGUAAAUCCGGAGAGACGACCAACCAUGACUUCACUGGGGAGCAGCAGUUCCUCAGCCACAGAAUACACCGUGCGAGUCCCCAAAAAUACCAGCAAAAAGUACAACAUUAUGGCUUUCAAUUCAGGAGACAGAGUCAACUGUUCAACCUGGACACAGGCUCGUAUGGAAAGAGAUAUGAGUGCUCGGCGCAUAUAUGGCGAGGAGGAGAUGCAGGAAGGCGCAGCUGGCAGUGAGUUUGGCAAAAAACAGCGUGAGGAAGCGCGGCGGAAGAAGUUUGGUAUUGUGACACGUGAGUUCAAAGUGGAGGACCAGCCCUGGAUCCUCAAGGUCAACGGCAAGGCCGGCAAGAGGUUCAAAGGUCAAAAGAAGGGCGGUGUUACAGAAAAUGCAUCCUACUACAUCUUCACACAGUGUCCCGAUGGAGCUUUUGAGGCCUUCCCUGUCCACGGCUGGUACAACUUCACCCCGCUGGCCAAGCACCGAACUCUGACCGCCGAGGAGGCUGAGGAGGAAUGGGGCAGGAGAAACAAGGUGGUGAAUCACUUCAGCAUCAUGCUUCAGAGACGCUUCCGGGAGCAGGAACGUGGUGAGGACGACGAUGACGAGGGCGAGAAGUCAGGGAAGAAGAAAAAGAAGGGUGGUGGCAGAGGGGGCGACCUGCGCAUUCACGACCUGGAAGAUGAUCUGGAGAUGAGCAGCGAUGACAGUGACAGCAGUAUGGGGGAUGAUGGAGAGAGCAAGACAAAGGCAAAGAAAGACACAGGGAAGGGAAAAGGAAAGAAGAAGAAGAAGAGAAAGAGCAACGAAGAGGCCUUGGAGGACAGCGAUGACGGCGACUACGAGGGUCUAGAGGUGGAUUACAUGUCAGAUGAUAGCAGCUCAGACGAAGAGCCAGAAGGGAAGGGAAAACUCAGCAAAGGCGAGGACCACCCUAAAGGGAUUGACGAGGCAUCUGAGAGUGAGGAAGAGAGCGAGGAGGAGAAGCAAAAUGAGGAGGAAACAAAAGAGGAGGAGGAAGAAGAGGAAGGAAAGAAAACCCCAGUCCAAGUGGAAAAGAAGAAGAAAAAAGACAGCAGCGGAGAGUCGGACAGCUCAGAUGACAGUGACAUCGAUGGAGAGACGGCCUCUGCUCUGUUCAUGAAAAAGCGUACGCCUCCUAAACGCGGAGGUGGGCGUGGCUCUGCAGGCAGCUCCAGGACAGGCAGUCGCCCGGGGACGCCAUCCAUAGACUCCGCCUCCACCUCCAAUACACUCCGUGCUGCUGCCAGCAAGCUAGAGCAAGGAAAGAGGCAGCCUCAGGGCCCUGUCACUGACUCACCAGCUGCCAAAAGGCUGAAGAUGGAGCCCAACAGCCAGAGCCCUGCUCCUUCUGGGAAGAGCACGCCUCAACCCCCAUCAGGCAAAUCCACUCCUAGCUCAAGUGAUGUGCAGCUAACAGAGGAAGCUGUACGGCGGUACCUGAUACGUAAACCGAUGACCACCAAAGACCUGCUGAAGAAGUUCCAGACGAAGCGCACAGGUUUGAGCAGUGAGCAGACUGUCAACGUGCUGGCACAGAUCCUGAAGCGCCUCAACCCAGAGCGCAAGAACGUGAACGACAAAAUGCACUUCUACCUCACCGAAUAACAGAAGGAAGCAAAGGGAUGGAGAUGAGACGGAGGAGCUCAAAAUGAAACUUGUCAGGUGAACAUUUUGGGGAUUUUGGUUUUUCAGUAAAAAGCCUGACCCCUGGAAGAGAGGUUUUGUGUCUGUUUCAAAACGGAUUAUGUUGUGACAUGCCACAGGAUGAGAGGUUGAAACUGUCUUUCCCGCGUGGCAUUUAUCAAAAUGUAUUUUGUUAAGCAUCUUGAAUUUGUUUUUCAUAGUCUGAAAUCUCACAUAACAGAAACCUUGUUAAUGCUGAGUGAAAAACUUGUGUAAGAACUUGAUAAAUUGGGGGGGGGGAAAAGUCUAACAUGUUUUUCUUAGUUAGACACUUUUCUAAUAAAAUUUCAAAUCUG